AAACUUGACCUUGUAGAUGCAUAUAUAAAGCCAUCUAUUAUGUUGUUGUAUUCCAAGUUAACUCCUCAUCAACCCUUUUUCCCUUCAUCUCAUCUUUCACACAAAAGAGUUUAGGAUUCAAGCAUGUUUAGAUCAAUGAGUACUCGAAGAGGGUUUGGGACUGGAAGGUAUGAGAGAUUAGGAAAAGAAUCAACAACCACAACACUUUUGAAUGAAGAAUUCAAGAGAAGCACAAGCUUGCCUUCUAAGGCAUCCAAUAAUUCUUCAAGAAAAGUGGCUCUAGGUUCAACUUUUGGUGACAUAAACCUACAAAGAAACCAAACAAAAAAAGUUAGUAAUAAUAGUAGCAAGAAGAGUCACCCACUUCUUAGCUUUUUGGAUCUUCGUAGGAAAAAGAAAACAACAGCUAAGCCUGAAUUUGCAAGGUAUCUUGAGUAUCUCAAGGAAGGAGGCAUGUGGGAUUUGAAUUCCAAUAAACCAGUUAUCUAUUACAAGUGAUCAUAGCUUGCUUUAAUUUCUUUCAAUACUCAACCUUUAUUUUUGUGUAAGAAAUUGGUAUUGGUUUCUCACAUCCAAGAAAUAGAUAUUGUAUAACUAUUUUUGCUAUAAUUUUAUUGUAGUUUUGAUAUGAUUAAAAUUUUUCAUUUCAA